GCCAGCACCAGAAGCAGCGACUCUCAUACUCAAACAGUCUCACAUCUUCAAUCAGGAGGGUGGGAUCCGUCGCGAGUGUUCUCUAUUCCCCCAAUUACAGCGCAAACUCUGAACAGGGCUGUGCCGCUUUACACCCUCAAAGCUUUGCUCCUUUGAGCUGAAGACAGUGAUGGCAAGCCGGGUCACUGAGAGGCUGCUAUUUGUGCAGGAUGAGAAUCAAGUUGCUCCUCGCAAAAAGGCUACUGUUGAUGGAGCAACUAGGAGUUCUAAGACCGUUGCAAAGAAAGGUGAAGGGAGUUUGGGAAGUCGUAAAGCACUUCAGGACAUUACAAACAAAUCGUCCCUUCAUCCUGAAGCAUCAAUAAAGAAAAAGAAUCCACAGAAGGAAGAAUUUAAUGUAGCUGAGGAGAUGUUUUUGCACGACCACCAAAAGUGCAUCGAGGCAAAACAAGCAGCCUUCAACAAUUUUGACUUGAACUUGGUUCUUCCUGGUCAUGAUUCUGUGUCCACUGCAGGACGUUCAGAAUCCGAAGAGGCAAAGGCUGAGGCUGAUUAUGAUAGCCCUCGCUGCUACCCUGAGCCAUCUGAACUUCCCAUGGAUGAGUUUUCUGAUUGCUUUGAAUAUUCAACACAAUGCAGUUCUCCUCCGUGUUCACCAAUGCUUUGGGACACUCCAACAUCUUGUGAAUAUGUGUGGCAAUUUGAGGAUGUGGAAUUUGUCCUCCAGCAAGAGGCUGAUUUUUGAACUUUAUUUUUUUUUUCAGUUGGCAGCAUCUUGUUUAUUGCAUGAAGCAGCACUUGUACCGGACUCUUUCUACGCACUACCUUGAUUUUCUAGUCUAGUAUGCAAAAUUUCAU